AUGGUCCACUUCUUGCACCCGUUGCCGUGGCCGCGGGUCCUCGUCCUGCCCGACGCUCAGCAGGACGCGCAGGGCCACUGCUUGGUGCAGGAGGAGGCAUCACCCUACUCUUUGGUCAACAUCUGUCUGGAUGUCUUAAUCGCUGAACUGGACAAAUGGUGUUCUAAAAGACCUGAUGGAACAUUGUGUUUUCCAGAGCACUGGUAUUUCCCUCAUGAAAUAGCUGAUAAAUUCCUUGAGAGGAUGGCUUGGCAAGGCAAGCUGACUGACAGAACAGCAAGCAUUUUCCAAGGCAAGCAGAUGAACCUGAAGCUGAUAAACAUUCAGAGAGUUAAGCUCUCUGCAACAGCCUUCACAAAAGCCUUCUGCCAUCACAGGCUCAUUGAAGUGGAUGCCACCUCGGUGGACUCCGAGCUUCUAGCCCCAGACAUCAUCCACGCUCUCCAGAGCAGUGCCUGGAUCCAGAAAAACCUUAAGUCUCUUACAUUAGACUCAGUUAGCGUCCCUCAGAACUCAGGACUAUUGGCCUUGAGUCAGUUCACUGGCCUUCACACUUUAAGUGUUGCCAACGUGUCCUUUUGCAAUGAAGACCUAGUUAGCGUUUCUCAGUUACCAAACCUGGAAAGCUUGGAUAUCUCCAAUACUGUGAUCACCGACAUCUCUGCGCUCCUCUCCUGUAAGAACCGGCUCAGAUCUCUCACGAUGCACUAUCUGAAGUACCUGGCCAUGAACAAACCACAAAUUCUUGCAGUUAUCAGACAACUGAAAUGCCUGCUUCACCUUGAUAUUUCUGAUCACAGGCAGCUCAGAUCAGAUCUGGCUUUUUAUCUGUUACAGCAGAAGGACAUUCUGCCCAACCUCAUAUCCCUGGAUAUUUCAGGGGGCACCGACAUCACUGAUCAAGCUGUGGAAUCCUUUCUGCAGCAUCGGCCUGCAAUGCAAUUUGUGGGACUCUUGUAUACCGAUGCUGGUUACUCUGAUUUCUUUAUGGCAAAGCAAGGCUUGAAGGUUGCUGGAGGAGCCAACAUGAGUCAGAUUUCUGAAGCACUGAGUCGGUACAGGAACAGGUCGUGUUUUGUGAAGGAAGCUCUCUACAGGCUCUUCACAGAAACACUUUCCCUGCGUGUCAUCCUCCCUGUCAUGCUAAAGCUUGUGGCUAUAGGAAUGAGGAAUCAUCCAUUGGAUCUGCCAGUGCAAUUCACAGCCAGUGCUUGCGCCCUCAAUCUAACACACCAGGGUCUGGCCAGGGGAAUGCCUGUUCGUCUGUUGUCAGAGAUCACCUAUCUACUUUUCAAAGCAACGAAAAAUUUCCCCUACUACCAACAGUUACAGAAGAAUUGCCUUCUCUCCUUAACCAGUUCCAGGAUUCUUAUGGAUGUUCCGUUUGACAGGUUUGAUGCUGCCAAGCUUAUUCUGAGGUGGGUGUGCAGGCGUGAGAACCCCAAGAUGCAAACAAUGGCAGUGAGCAUCACCUCCAUCCUCGCCCUGAAGCUCUCACCUGAGGAGAUUGAAGAGCUUCAGGAAGAGCUCCUUAUGGCAGUUAAGGAACUUCUGACAAUCAUCAGACAAAAGAUGGCUGAGAAUGUAGAUGAUAUCACCUUCUUGUUUACUCUGAAAGCACUUUGGAAUCUUACAGAUGAGUGUCCAUUGGCCUGCAAGUACUUUAUUGAAAAUGAAGGAUUAGCAACCAUCAUACAAGUUUUAGAGACGUUUUCAAUGUGUACAAUACAAAGCAAAGUACUUGGUCUUUUGAACAAUGUAGCUGAAGUCAGAGAGCUCUCUCCCAAGCUGGUGACAGAAGACUUGAUGGAACACAUCAUCAGUUUGCUCCACAGCAGCAACAUAGAAGUGAGCUUCUUGGCUGCGGGUGUAAUAGCCCACCUGGCAUGUGACAGACAGCACUGGCUAUCCCGUGACCUGCAAAGGAGUGAUCUUCUCCAGUACUUGCACUUAACCAUCCAGAAUUGGCCAAGUUCACGGUGUGACAUGUCAGCAUUGGUGACUUACAGAUCUUUGAAAGCAUUUUCCCCACUCCUUGUCAACUUCUCUCAGCCAGAAGUUCAGUGCUGGGCACUGUGGGCCAUACAUCAUGUUUGCAGUAAAAACCCUAGCAAAUACUGCAAGCUGUUGACAGAAGGAGGAGGACUACAGCUCAUGUAUGAUAUCCAGGAGCACAGUCAGGCCAGUGCCCAGGUGAGGCAGAUGGUGUCCACCAUCCUGGAGGAGUUCAGGAUGCACUUCACAAGCUACCGGAGACCUCCACAACCCCAGUGCCCUUUUUGA